AUGCUUCCUCUAUCCCUUCUCAAAACUGCCCAAGGUCACCCCAUGUUGGUCGAACUGAAAAACGGGGAGACUUAUAACGGGCAUUUGGUUAAUUGCGAUACAUGGAUGAACAUCCAUCUCCGAGAAGUCAUUUGUACAUCUAAAGAUGGAGAUAGAUUUUGGAGGAUGCCUGAAUGCUACAUACGAGGCAAUACAAUCAAGUACCUUCGAGUUCCUGAUGAGGUUAUUGACAAAGUUCAAGAAGAAACCAAGACCCGAGCAGAUCGCAAACCACCUGGUGUGGGGCGUGGGCGGGGAAGAGGCAGAGAGGAAGGUGCUGGUGGACGCCAACCAAAAGGAAUUGGGCGUGGUCUUGAUGAUGGUGGUGCCAAGGGAGCUGGAGGAGGUCGAGGCAAGGGAGGCCCUAGUGGAAAGCCAGGUGGAAACAGAGAGGCUGAUUCUAACAAGUGGCGGCAUGAACUACUUCAGAUGGGCCUGUUGGCUACUUUCGGAGGGCAUAUGUGCUCUCGUCUUUAA